AUGGCUAAACCAGUCGAUCCAAAUAAAGAAGAUAAAUAUUCAACAGCUAUAUUAAAUCGUAAAGAACGUCCAAAUCGUUUAAUUAUUGAUGAUGCUAUUAAUGAUGAUAAUAGUGUUGUUGCAUUAUCACAACAAAAAAUGGAUGAAUUACAAUUAUUUCGUGGUGAUACAGUUUUACUUAAAGGUAAAAAACGUCGUGAAACAAUAUGUAUUGUACUUGCUGAUGAUACAUGUCAAAAUGAUCGUAUAAGAAUGAAUCGUGUUGUACGAAAUAAUUUACGUGUACGUUCAGGUGAUAUUGUAUCAAUACAAGGUUGUCAAGAUGUUAAAUAUGGUAAACGUAUACAUGUUUUACCUAUUGAUGAUACAGUUGAAGGGAUAACAGGAAAUUUAUUUGAAGUUUAUUUAAAACCAUAUUUUGUUGAAGCAUAUAGACCUGUACGUAAAGGUGAUGUUUUUAUUGUACGUGCAGCAAUGCGUGCUGUUGAAUUUAAAGUUAUUGAAACUGAACCAAGUCCAUAUUGUAUUGUUGCACCUGAUACAGUUAUACAUUGUGAAGGUGAUCCAAUAAAACGUGAAGAAGAAGAAGCAUCUUUAAAUGAAAUUGGUUAUGAUGAUAUUGGUGGUGUUAGAAAACAACUAGCACAAAUUAAAGAAAUGGUUGAAUUACCAUUAAGACAUCCACAAUUAUUUAAAACAAUUGGUGUUAAACCACCAAGAGGUAUUCUUUUGUAUGGACCACCGGGCACGGGUAAAACUUUAAUAGCACGUGCUGUAGCUAAUGAAACCGGUGCAUUCUUCUUUUUAAUUAAUGGACCGGAAAUUAUGUCGAAAUUAGCUGGUGAAUCUGAAUCAAAUUUACGUAAAGCAUUCGAAGAAGCGGAAAAGAAUUCUCCAGCUAUUAUAUUUAUUGAUGAACUUGAUGCUAUUGCACCAAAACGUGAAAAAACUCAUGGUGAAGUUGAACGUCGUAUUGUUUCUCAAUUAUUAACAUUAAUGGAUGGUCUUAAACAACGUUCACAUGUUAUUGUUAUGGCAGCAACAAAUCGACCAAAUUCAAUUGAUCCAGCAUUACGUCGUUUUGGUCGUUUUGAUCGUGAAGUUGAUAUUAGUAUACCAGAUGCUGUUGGUCGUUUAGAAAUUCUUCGUAUACAUACAAAAAAUAUGAAAUUAGGUGAAGAUGUUGAUCUUGUACAAAUUGGUAAUGAAACACAUGGUUAUGUUGGUGCUGAUUUAGCAUCAUUAUGUUCUGAAGCUGCUUUACAACAAAUACGUGAAAAAAUGGAUGUCAUUGAUUUAGAAGAAGAUACAAUUGAUGCUGAAGUACUUGAUUCAUUAGCUGUUACACAAGAUAAUUUUCGUUUUGCACUUAAUCAAUCAAAUCCAUCAGCUUUACGUGAAACAGUUGUUGAAGUACCAACAACAACAUGGGAAGAUAUUGGUGGUUUAGAAAAUGUUAAACGUGAAUUACAAGAACUUGUUCAAUAUCCUGUUGAACAUCCAGAAAAAUUUCUUAAAUUUGGUAUGACACCAUCACGUGGUGUACUCUUUUAUGGACCACCAGGUUGUGGUAAAACAUUAUUAGCAAAAGCUAUUGCUAAUGAAUGUCAAGCAAAUUUUAUUUCAGUAAAAGGUCCUGAAUUAUUAACUAUGUGGUUUGGUGAAUCUGAAGCAAAUGUACGUGAUGUAUUUGAUAAAGCUCGUCAAGCAGCACCAUGUGUACUCUUUUUUGAUGAAUUAGAUUCAAUUGGUAAGAUAAAAUGAAUGACUCAGAAAUAAUGAUAAGAGAAUGUUUUUUUUUU